GUGCGUGUGUCAGUGUUGCAACAUAUAGAGGAAAAUAAAUCUCCUCCUGUUGAGCGUACCAAUUGUUUGCCCUGCGUUGGAAGUUUUCCUCCCGUUGUUUGGUUUUUGUUUAUUUAUCUUUUCUCACAAAUGGAUGUGUCCAUUUGCAGAGUGGUGAGACCCCAUGUGGCUCUUGGACCACGUAUACACCAGCUGCUCCGAAUGCCCUGAUUAUUAUCCGACUGUCAUUUUGAGCUCGUUCAUGCACUGGCUCUUAAGCUGUCGGAAAAGAUAAUAAAAAGUUUUUUUAAAUUGUUAAAAGCCAUAGCCGACUUUUAGUUUUUGUAUUUCUUUGCUCAGGAUGGUUUGGAUGUGGAGUGUCCACUUCAUUCUUCCUGCGAUUUUAAUGUUCUGCAUGUACUCGACAGUACGAGCAGGAGGCAAUGAAAGUUCCGCAAGCAGUUGUGCAGAUUUCAACAUCACCUUCUGGAAGGACAUUCGUCAUGGUGCCAAGCUGCAGGUGCAGUACCUGUUAUUCACACGCAGCAAUGCAGAAUGCCCCAGUUACUUCAGCACAGAGUCACUCUCGCACUCAGAGCAGCAGCCUCUCUUCAACUCUUCUCUGCCAACCAAGAUCAUCAUCCACGGUUACCGGGCUCCAGGUACAAAGCCCAGUUGGGUCAACCCCCUAGCCCAGGCACUGCUCAGAUCUGCAGACUCCAAUGUGCUGGCAGUGGACUGGGUCUAUCAUUCCUUCAUGUACUCCGUGUUGGCAGAGGAAUACAAGGAAGUGGCCUUGCAUGUGUCUGCACUCAUCAAGGAGCUGAAGGAGCAUGGGAGCAGCCUGAAGUCCAUCCAUCUUAUCGGCAUGAGCUUGGGGGCACAUGUGGCUGGCUUCAUAGGGACACUGUUUGAGGGGAAGGUGGGGAGAAUCACAGGUUUAGAUCCAGCAGGACCGAGUUUUAAAGGACAUGAUCGAUACAACCGCCUGGACCCUACGGAUGCUCUUUUUGUUGAAGCCAUUCACUCAGACACUGAUGUUUUUGGCAUCUCCAUCCCUGUCGGACAUGUCAGCUUUUUUCUGAAUGGAGGAAAAGACCAGCCCGGUUGUACACAUUCUCUUAGACCUCUGAGGUUCGGUUAUGUCGUUUGUGACCACAUGAGGGCGAUAUAUGUGUACAUCAGCGCACUGAAUGGCACCUGUCCCCUGUGGGGCUUUCCAUGCCCAACUUACAAAGAAUUUCUCAAUGGACAGUGCCUGGACUGCAAGAAGACCUUCAAUGGAACAUGUCCUGAAAUAGGACUCCAGCAAAGGAGUGGCAUCAUUGUAGAUCCUCUGCCCCAGGAGGAGAAGCUCUUCUUGCUUACCACCAGCGCUGCCCCCUUCUGCACUCAUCACAUCCUGCUGGAGCUGCAGGUGUGGCCGCUGUCUAGAAGCGCUGAAGUUCAGGUGACCCUCAGUCAUCAAGGAGAUCCUGACACAAAGGAGACCAUCAUUCUGUACACAAAGAACUCCAAGUACAAGCAGGUGAUGGCCCACCCAGUUUCACUCUGCGAGGUCAAUUCCAUCCACCUAAAGAACACAGGAGCCUGGUACCAAAAGGAUGAGAUUCAUUUCAUGUCCCUCUGCAUCUCAGAGUUGCUGUCUUCUAGGUAUGAUAUUGACACAAAGGACAUUUUCGUGUUGUAACUGAAGAGCAAAUUU